AUGCUUCGCCAGUCAACCUUCAAGCAGCUGCCCCGGUCCCUUGGAUCGGCAGCCAAAGCCGCAACGCGAACACCAGGCGGAGGAGCUUCGCGCCGAACCUUCCUCAGCCCUCCGCGCAGCCAGCCCAACGAGCACCUCAACCGCCUCGACGUCAACAAGCUCUCGGAGCAACAAAUCAAGUAUGCCCGCAACCGCCGCGCCUUCCUAUGGACGGGGCUCUUCUGCAGCGUCAGCUCCAUGAUCUACGCCGGCUACCUCAUCAAGCUCGAGCUCCAGAAUCCUAUCCAAGCUGACUCCUCCUUGCCCUCGACCGACCCUCUGGCCGGUACCAACGCCGCCGAGCGCAAAGUAGUCGUGCGCGACGAAGAGGGCCACGAGCUCGUCCCGACCGGCAACAGCACCGUCCCGACCUUCCCGCGCACGCUCUCGCUCGGUAGCUUUGAGGGAGCCAUUGCCCCCGGCGGGGCCUCGGGCUUGGCCAUGACCAUCACCGGCGCCGACAAGACCGAGUACACCCUCGUGGGCUUCGGCCUGCGCACCGUCACCUUUGUCGGCAUCCAGGUCUACGUAGUGGGUUACUACGUGGCUACCGCUGACGUGGCCUCGCUGCAGUCGGCGCUGACCAAGAAGGUCAACCCGAUCGCCACGACGCUCGUGCCGGGCGAACGCGACCAGCUGCGCAACGAUCUGCUCGACCAUACAAAGGGCGAAGAGCUCUGGGACGGCCUGUUGGCAGACGGAAUCCCUGCGCGGUCCGUCUUCCGCGUGAUCCCCGUGCGCGACACCGACUUCCACCACUUGAGGGAUGGCUUUGUGCGCGCGAUCCAGGCGAGGGCUGGCAAGGUUGGGGACGAGCAGUUUGGCGAGGCGAUGAAGCACUUCAGGCAGAUUUUCAACCGCGGAAAGGUUCCGGCCAAGAAGGAGCUUCUGUUGAUCCGCGACGGAGAGGGUAAGUUGAGCGUUGUAUAUGACGAUGGCGGCAACAAGAAGGAGGGAAGGCCGGCAGGGAGACAGCUGGUUGGAACUGUUGAUGAUGAGCGCGUCUCGCGUGCCCUGUGGUUGAACUACUUGGCUGGAAAGAAGGUUGCCAGCGAGCCUGCGAGGAAGAGCAUUGUUGAAGGCAUCAUGGAGUUUGUAGAGAGGCCGGUUGGAACUGUUGCGGCUCAGGUGGUAUAG